AUGGCAGCAUCACCUGCCUCCCUCGCCGCCACGUCGGAGAUGGAGGCUCCAAGCUCCCCUGCUCAUCCAGAGAGCAAGUCCUUUGUGUCUCGCGCAAUGACUGAGGAUGACGACACGCAGAUGGCCAAUGCCACUCCUGAACCGCAAGAAAAGUCCUCACGCUCCAAGGGAAAAGGAUCGCAAAAUAAGGAUGCUGGCAAUCAACCACAAAUUGGCAAGAUUCGCCAUUUGAAGAAGGAAGAUGGCGAGCCUCUGUGGAGAGCCGAUAUCCAAUACGACUUCCUCAAGGCCGUUUUUGACAAUGAGCAAGCCGUCUUUACGAACUCGUACGAACCGGAGCGCCUCGGUAAACAGAACUUUGCCGAUCUUUACAUCGAUACGAUGUCCCGGAGCUCCAAGACCAGCAAGGUCCUUCGCGACAAGCUCCUUAGUGAUAGAGAAGCCGCCAAGGGUAUGGCCAUGGUCUGCCUCCUCGUCAACAUGGGCCGCAUGAACACGACUCUCAACUUCUUCCCCGAGAUGAGAGCCCAGCUCCGUACCUACCACGCCAUUCCCUCCCUCCAGGCCCACCAGGAUCCCCAUGCCUAUAAGCAACUCCAGGAUGCGCCUCGCCUCAAGUCAAUUCUAAAGGGCGGUGCGGAGGAUCGCGACGAGCCUGGGACGCUUGAUAAAAUCAAGCAAAGAGACAUCCCUCGCACAAACCCUGUUAACCUCAUCUUCGUCAUGUGCAACACAGCACAGAAGGUCGCUGAGCUACAUUUUCCCCGCCAACGCGAAUUCCAUGACCUCAUCAUGAAGACUCACUACUCUAGUGAGUCACGAGCAAAGGCCUUUCUUUGGCUUAUGUGGUUCUACCUUGAGUCCGACUUUACAGAGGAGGGUUGCGACGAAAACCCUUUCGGCCCAGGUGUUGAUUACGGUCUGGAUGUCGCAAACCAAGGCGUGCCUCGCCUAACACAAAUGACGCCCGCUGAACAGGCAAAGGAGAACGUAGACACGGAGGAAGAGAUGGAGUUUGGCCGGGCCAAGCAGAAAAUGCGAGCCAAGAUCCUGGAGAUGGAUCAGGCAUAUCUCAACGAGAGAGAAACCAAGCGAGGCAAAAUGCGACCGUCGUUUGCCGACGAUGGACCUGCGAUACUUCCACGUAUCAGACCUUCGAAGCACGAAUCUGAUAUGGAUAGUACCAGGUCAACGCCACCACCUCGAGCACUAGGUCGCGCCCUUAACUCUGGCCGGAGAGGUGCCCCACUCAAGUACCAGAUAUUCGAAGGCUCGUCACCGGCGCAUCACGUCAAUGAAGGAGUUGUCGCUCGAAAGCCUCGUCCGCCGACAGCACACCAGCUAGCAGUGGAACGAAAUCGAAGCCAAAGGGUCGAGUAUAUCCUUGAUCGUGGUCUCCGCCGCCAACAUCACAAGAGUCGCAAGUCGAGGCGCAAGGAUGGUGCAAUCUUCCGAGCAUAUCGACGACUUCAAGAGGUGGAUGACCCUUUCGAAGACAGCGACGAUGACAAUUCAGCUCCUCAAAACUUGGUCUACGGAGACAAGGCGCCAGGACCGUUCCGCGAGAAGGGUGUGGGAGGGCUGUGCCUCCUAUCCAAGGAGGAGGAUGAUUUCGGCGAGGAAGUCAGCGCCUAUGCCGCCGCUUUGAGGCGAUCAACACGACGUCUGUCUCGUUGGGCCCCUCGAUCAGCAGAGCUCGGAGUGAUUCCUACCAUCAAGCGACCCAGGCCAAAGAAGCCUGACGAUGAUGACAAGGACGAUCACGAGGAUGACAAACAUGACGGCACCAACGGCGAUGCCAAUGGUGAUGUGACUCUUGGUGACAUGACGCUCGGUGAUAUUACAGUGGGAGAUGCCACUGUGGGGGAUAUCACAGUAGGGGACAUGACAGCAGGAGAUGUCACGAUGGGCGAUGUCACUAUGGAUGAUGUCGAAGACCAGACAGUUCUCCACGAGGAUGAUGAACGGGCUGACGACGACGCCGAUGACGCUGACCGUACGGAGGUCAUGGGUGAUUCGGAUAUGGACUAA